UCUUUCUGCAACUGUGACAGUUUGCCUGGUGAAAUUGGCGGCGCCUCGCACCAAAUUUUGGUAAACGCAUAAAUAUUGCAGUUAGAACCCAUUGAAGUUGUAGUCGAGUGUUGUGCGCAGUCAGCUAAACUCAAAUUUGUAAAGACAAAAUGAAAUUCAUUAUUGUAUUCGCUUGCCUGUUCGCCAUCGUGUUGGCCAACGAAGAAGCUAAUGUUGUGAAGAACGAGCAGGAAGUCAAUCCCGACAGCUUCUCCUAUAAUCUUGAGCUCGACAAUCACAUUAGAGCCACACAAAAGGGUGCGCUAGAGGGCAAGGAAACGUGGGUUGUCACCGGUGAAUAUGAACAUUUGACGCCCGAAGGCAAAACGGUCAAAGUAACUUACAAGGCCGAUGCGACCGGCUACCAUCCACAUGUUAACACCGUAGCAUAAGGGACCUCAAGGUAUCAAAAUGAUGAUUUUUAAUUGAAAACAAACGGAAAUAAAACUAUUUUGAGUAAAAUAA